GCACUCUCUUUGUGAUAGUAACUUCUAGUAUCACUAAUGUGCGGGAUGUGAAAUUAGGGGAUAUGGCGGGUGUGCAGAAAAGUGCGCGGGUUUUUCUCUCCAAGAUGGCGGCCAUUCGAGGAGUGCUGGUAGAUUUAAGUGGGACACUUCAUAUUGAUAAUACUGUUAUACCAGGCUCUAUAGAAGCUUUGAAAAGGUAUUUACUAUAUUUAACUUUGUUUCGCUUUCGUAGCAAGCUAAAAAAAGUAAGCUGUUAAAAUAGAAGAAAAUCAGAAAGGUAAUAAUUUAGAGUAGAAGACUAGAAGCCUACAAAUGUACAAUGAAAUAACAAUUCCUGUAUGAAUAUUGUAUAUACUAUAAAUACCACAUAAUGUACAUAUUACAGGUUUUCUUAGUGGGACAAUGUUUAAUAUUGCAUGUCAAUGUACCUUGAGAUAUUUCAACUUCUGCAAUAGCCCAAUAUAAUUUAAAAUAAAAUUGACAGUGUCACAGUUUAAAAUGGGCAGUUUAGAACUGAUAGAACUAUCCAGUAUAAAUAGUUCAUUUCAAUAAAAUGCCUGAUUUCCUUCUUAAGAUUAAGAGAUACUGGUCUGGCACUACGAUUUGUAACAAACACCACAAAAGAGUCCAAAUCCACGUUACUUAAUCGUCUCAAGUCACUGGGAUUUUACAUUAACGAACAUGAGGUGUUCACAUCAUUAACGGCAGCUAGACGUCUGGUUGAGGCAAAUAAUUAUCGACCGUUCUGUCUUCUGGAGGAAGAUGCCUUGAAUGAUUUCAAAGGAAUUUCAAUGGAUAAUCCAAAUGCUGUCGUUAUUGGACUCUCUCCGAAUAGCUUUUGUUAUCAGACAUUGAAUAAGGCAUUCAGGUGCGGUAACUUGCUUCACUGAGAUCCGCAUGCCUUUUGUUAACCCAUUGAGCACCAACACUCUCCUUUUGAUGAGUAAAAUUGUCUGGUGUAAGACAGACUAUUUAAAUAAUAAAGUAGAGUGUAUUAGGGAACAAUGUAACUUAGGUGUGGCAUUGGUAUAAACACACAUAUUACUCAUUUACUUUCCAGAUUGCUUCUUAAUGGUUGUCCGUUGAUUGCUAUCCACAAAGCUCGGUAUUUCAUACGUGAAGAUGGUCUGGCUUUAGGACCUGGACCGUUUGCAACAGCUUUGGAAUAUGCGGCCAACUCAACUGCUACCAUUGUUGGGAAACCAGAGCACAGUUUCUUUGAGAAAGCUUUAGCAGAUAUGAGAAUAGAGCCGGAGAAUGCUCUCAUGAUUGGAGAUGUAUGUUUAUAUGUAGCAUAAUGUAUCGCAUUUGUAGUAGGUGCAACACUAAGAUUUCAUGCACCAAGAAAACCUUUACAAAUUGACAUACUAUUUAUUUAAAUAACGGGUCCACAGCAUUUUAAAAAUCUAUCUCAUUCCCAGAGCCAAAAUGUGUCCCGUUACUAUAACUGGUGUCAUACAAAUUUGGCCAGUUGUGAUAUAAAAAUUUUAUCGACCAUUGACUGGCAGUUAUUUUGUGCCUUGCAACAACUGUAUUCUAGUAUUUUCUCUCUAUUCUAGGAUGCAAAAGAUGACAUUGGUGGUGCGCAGAAUAUUGGUAUAAGGGGAAUACUUGUCCGUACAGGUAUGUUUUUGUUAUGUAUUGCGGUUUGUUCUGCAUGUAUUCUAUCAUAGAUAGACUAUGUAUUCUAUAGGGCGAUGGUUUCUUUUGUUGUAGGAAAAUAUCGAACAGGAGAUGAAGAUCGAAUCAAUCCUCAUCCUUUACACACGGGCAAAAACUUUUCCGAAGCAGUUGACUACAUACAGAGAUUAUGUGCUAUUGACCAAGUGCUGACCUGAUAUAUAACACUGGAUAGUGCAUCGUUAUGCAUAAACGAAGCCAAUGGCGGCCAUACUGACAUAGUACAAGAGAUUUUAACUGACUUUAAAAUCUCAUUUCUUUAUAAAUAUUCUGGCCAUAGGAGUCACGAUUUAGGAACAGAACAAGUUUACUAUUUUUAGACUUUUUGGGUUGGAAUCAGGGUUUGGGUUAGGGAAACGAUUAGGAUUAGGGUUAGGACUAGGGUUAAGUUUAAAGAUGAUGUCCACUCCUGUGCACAUGCGCGAACUUUGUUUACGUUUUGAACCGCUAUAUUUGUAAAAUAUGAUAUACUAACUGAAUAUCUAACACUUUUCUGGUUCGCUACACUUCUAAUGAAUAUAAACUCUACGUUUCAAUUCAAAAAAGUUUGAAAGGUGCAAAAUUUGGGCAAUGUUUAUAUCUGGGGGUCCCCCUUUGUUAUCAGCAGAACUGAUGCGCAGAAUGGAGUGGACAUCAUCUUUAAAAUACAAAAGAAUCAGGGUCUUAGCCAGAGGGCCGUGUUGGCCGUGUUAUCGGGGCCAAAAAGGGAAAAACACGGCUAGAUAAAAUUAAUGCGGUUUCAUUAUUUAUAUAAGGCUGUGUAGGUUCAUAAAAUAACAGACAGAAUUUCUUCCUAUUCACUGUACAUUGUAAGAAAGUUUGUAAAAUCUACGGUUAUUGUUGAAAUUGGCGAAAGUGAUCUGCAUGUGAUGUUUUAAUGUUUUGGUGGAUAAUGGGAACUGUAUGGUGUUACAAUGGUUUUAAAUACCCCCAAGAGUUGCUGAAAAAACUUAAUAUUUUAAUGUCAGUGCGUAAUAUGAGCGUAUGCUUGCCUUGUAUUUGGUUGCAAAGCAUAGAACAACCACAGGUAUGGUCUGUUGUUGGCGACCAUAACUAGAACCGCGAAUUUGGCUAUUUGAGGUAAUUGACAUGUGCACACCCUGGUCAUUUAGAAACACGCCCAAGUUCUAAAAUCCUAGCUAAGACCCUGAAAAGAAUACAAUAUUACAAAAGUCUAAAAAAAGUAACUCUUCCUCAAACGUGACAGGUGAUUUGGCUGUUUGAAUUAAAAAAGAUGCAGUCCUGCUUUUUGGAUCUGUGGUGAAUGACUUAUAGUGAUAUAUUUAUACAGAUUUUGUAUAAAUUUUGCAUUUUGUUCGAUUGAAUAAUUAUAGUUGAAGGGUCUUGUAGAUGGAAAUUAUUGAGUGGAAAUUAUAUAAUACCUUUUAGAAUUCUCAUCGUUUAAUUGGCUGUUUAUGGUCACGUGAUAUUGAAUAGAAAAUUCCAUUUCCCAAGAGUGCAAUGGAAUACGUUCCCGAUUGCACUCUUUGCGAGUGCAAUUGUACUAUACGUUUUAUUCCAUUGCACUCUUUGUGUUUUCGAUAAAUCGCAUCCGUCAAAAUGCUUCUCGUACGGUGAUCGCAGUUUAUUUUAAUCCGGAUAUU